UUUUCGACCACUGUGCAAGCCUUGCCUUUUCGUGCGAUCAUUGCGCGAACCUAUCAACCAAAGUGUCAAACAGAGAUUCCACGUUGCUGCGGCCUCGGGCUUCUUCCACCAUGGUGCCUGCGAAAUUUGGCGCAGUCAACAUUCUACCCCCGACAUUGGAUACACUUCAGCGCCGCACUUACGAGAAGAUUCGAAGUAAUGUGUACAGGAUCAUUGGGCGUUGGCUGUCCGCUGAACUCACUGCGGAGAUCUUCCAAUUCGCGCUGACUGCCGAGGAGAUACCUGCCGGUCCGCGAAUUAUUAUACCUGCAGUACACAAAGAUGACAAGGAGAUCACAUGAUACGAUGAUGCCUUCUCAAAUCUUCGAAGAGCGCUUAAGACACCCCUGAUCUGUAAACAUUCACUCGAGGAUGGUGUUGGCCGUUGCAGAACGGGGCUCAAUAUAUCGCCAGUAAAGGCAACUUCGCUUACAGUGACGAUGAGAAGCGCUGGUCCGUAAAUGACGAGUGUGCAUACCAUCUUCGUCAUGACACUGAUGGCAGCAUAUCC